GGCUCGUCCUCUUCCUCAGCCGUGAAUCCUUUUUUCUCGCCUCACCCGAAACUGGCUUUAUUUGACUUGGAGCCUGCAUUGAGUCCUGCGAGCACGCCUCCCUGAAAAUAAAUGUGUCUGAAAUUGUGAAAUCUAAGAGGGCGGAGAUGAAGGAGAGGGAGAGGGGCUGUCCUUUUCCCCCUCAACUCGACCACAACACAACCAAGGCGGCCGCUUUCGCGUUUCUUGGCGCUCCCAACAGGUCUCGGGAAGAGUCCAGUUCCUGCAGAUUUGGAAGAGGCGGGAGUUUGGAAAAGGAAGGCGGCGCUUCCCCCCGGGAAUUGGCCCGAGGAAGAAAACUUCCAUGAAAACAAUGUGGGGAGCUGUCUUGCCCGAGCGCCUGUGAAGAAAGCCCUGCGUUGCUGGACUUGGCGGGGAGGAAGGAGGCGGAGAGAGGCAAAGGGAGCCCAGAAGAAGCAGUGCUGCAUCUCCCUCCACCUGAAGCCCCAGAGAGCUGCUGCAGAGCUGGAUGGACCAAUGGAGAACACAUUGUGAAGCAACCUCCUGAACCUUCUGCCAGUCCUAAAUCAGAAUAAAUGUCCCCAUGAGCCCUUUGACAGGAUGGGCUGGACAUGUCACCAGUGCUCCUUGAAGUUAUUGGAUAUACAGUAGAACUUCUGCAUAAGAAUGUCCCAGCUAAGUAUUUAUUUAUUUACUUCAUUUCUAUCCCGCUCUUCUCACCCCGCAGGGGACUCAGAGCGGUGAGUCCCCUGCGGGGUGUUGUAACUUAAGUAUGUUUUAACUUACAAAUCCUAACUCAGCCUAGAGUGACGUUUUGACAUAAGAAGACCAUUUUGGCCUACGAGCAGUGCAAAGGAGACCUCUUUGUCCCCAAAACCUGUUCUAUCAGCAAGGCAGAGAGAAACAAAACCUGGACUGGAUUCCUUGUCAGAGCAGCUCUGGCUCUUCCUGAAAAGUAGGAACUCCAGCCCCAUGUGACUGCUUCCCCUGAAUGUUCUGUGAGGUGUCCAAUCCGGAGAUUCCACUUCAGAGAUUGCAUUCCACCCUGGUGCAGCAGAACCUUAGCAUAAAUGGGAGUACUGUAUGUUUGACUUCAAGAAGAGAGAGAGCAAGAGAGGGAAGGAGAUUGGAAUUACAGAUUGAAGGAAAUGAUGCUGUUUUGCCUUGCUGUACGCUAACCAACACACGUUUUGUUGCCUCAAAUGUGCAUCCUUGCCAUAGUGGCUGGAUGGAACCAAGCACUGCCUAUCUCUGAACAUUUUUUACAUUAUUUGUUAUUUAUAAAGUACAUUUUUAUUUUAAAAUACAUAACAAUGAUAAUUGGGGUUGUUUUCGGGGGCCCAGAAUGGAUUAAUAACAUUCCAAUGCAUUUCAGUGGGAAAUUGUGCUUUGAGAUAAGAAUGUUUUGACUUAAGAACAUGAUCACAGAAUGAAUUAAAUUCUUAAGCCAUGGUAUCACUGUAUACAGAAUCAUCAUUUUGAGAGGCAGAACCUCAGUUAGGAAGUGCAGGGGACAAAUAUAGUUACUAUCAACUUCAUACUUCAGACCUCACACAGAUAUCCAGUCAGCCACUUUUAGGAACUGGAAACUGACCUAUUAAAUCUUGGUUUGUUCUGGAAUAAUGUAAUAUUUAAUCCACAUCUCUCUUGUUGCCUGGGAAUUAUUAUGGUGUUAUUUUCUGUCUCCUUCCUCACAGGACAUGAAAAAGAUGCUUCAUUAUCUCUUCAUAUUUCUCAUUGGAAUGAGGCACGCAUGUAGAGAAAUACUUGCCAUUCCUUUAUGUUCAGUGGAAAACAAGAUUGCUUACUAUGAUUUUUGCAACCUCACUCAAGUUCCACCUGUACCUGAAGACAUUGUUUUAUUCACACUAAACUUCAAUUCUAUCCGGGAAGUGAAAUCCAGUUCAUUUCCACUGCUGAAAGAACUGAGAAAUUUGGCACUUGGGACACAGUCGGUUUAUCCUGUAACCAUAAGAAGAGAUGCUUUUAGAAACCUGCCAAACCUUCAAAAACUGGAUUUAGCUGGCAACAAAAUGACUGUACUGGACACCGGUGCCUUCCUGGGCCUCUUGAAUUUACGUGAACUUUUUUUAUAUUAUAAUGGUCUUAACGAAUCAAUUCUGGAAGGGGAUUACUUUCGAGAUUUGAUCUCUUUGGAAUACCUGGAUCUUCAGUACAAUAAGAUUGCGAGGCUUCGUCCUCACCCAUUAUUUUUCAACAUGAAUUCCUUGGGCACUCUGAAGUUGAAAUUAAACCAGAUUAAGACUAUCUGUGAAGGAGAUCUCAAUAGCUUUCAAGGGAAAACUUUUGAACUCUUGAGUCUUAAUUCGAAUCAGUUGUAUAGAGACGCUGUGAACUGGACAACUUGUGGGAAUCCUUUUAAAAAUAUUGUUAUUAAAACAUUGGAUGUUGGUAGUAAUGGUUGGGAUGUGGCCACAACACAGCAAUUUUGUGCAGCUGUUCAAGGAACUCCUAUUUUAGCGUUGGAGCUCUCACACCACAUUAUGGGCUCAUCGUUUGGAUUUGACAAUCUCCGGAAUCCAGAUAAUGAUACAUUUGUAGGUCUUGCUAAAAGUGGCCUCAAAUUGCUUGAUCUUUCACAUGGCAGUAUUUUUCCUCUUAGCCCAUAUGUGUUUCAGAGUCUUGGUGAUUUGUUAUGGCUUGAUCUUAACACUAAUAAGAUAAAUCAAAUUGGGAAAGGAGCAUUUUCUGGCCUUUUGAGCUUACAACUUCUAAACCUAUCAUACAAUCUUUUGGGUGAAAUCCUUGAUUACACUUUUGUAGGACUUCAUAAUGUGAUUUCUAUAGAUCUUCAACAUAAUCAUAUUGGGGUGUUUGGUGGGAACCCCUUUGAAUACUUACCAAAACUUCAGGAGAUCAAUCUUAGGGACAAUGCUUUAAAAAUAAUUCCGUCGUUCUCAAGUCUUCUCUCUGUUUUUUGGGGUGGCAACAACCGAAUACAAUCAAGUUAUAACAAAGAAGUAAAUUCAGCUAUAGUUGAUUUGGAAGGAAACAGGCUAGAUGAUUUGGGCUACCUCUACAAACUUCUCCAAAUGCCUAUUUUGAAGUAUAUCUUUUUGAAAAACAAUCGUUUUAGUAAUUGCCAAAAACAUAACGAUGUACCAGAAAACAACCAGCUAAUCUAUUUAGAUCUUGGUGAAAAUAUGUUAAAACUUAUAUGGGAGAGAAGUGAGUGCUUGGAUAUAUUCAAGGAACUUUCCAAACUUCAGGUUCUCCAUCUCAAUAAUAAUUACCUUAAUUUCCUUCCAGAGGGUAUCUUUAGUGGCCUAGUAUCACUGAAUAGGCUUAACUUGGAUUCAAACUUGUUGACUUACAUUUCUCACAAUGUCUUCCCUAAAAGUCUGCGGACACUUCAUUUAUCAUCAAACCAACUUCUUUACCCAGAUCCUCAGAUUUUUGCAACUCUAGACUAUUUGGAUAUCACCUAUAACAGAUUUUAUUGUGAUUGCCUUUUAAGCGACCUGGUUAUAUGGCUGAAUGAAACCAAUGUCACUUUAGCUGGAUCACCAAAUGACAUGUUUUGUUUUGGACCCCCUGAACUUGCUACUGUUCCACUUCAUCAAUUACUUGUUGGUGGCUGUGAUGAAGACAAGAUCUUGGAGUCUCUACAGUUGUCACUCUUCAUUUCGACCUCUGUUGUUCUGACAAUGUUCCUAGCAGCAGUGGUAGUUUUCACUCGUUUUAGGGGAACAUGUUUUGUCUGGUACAAGACCAUUGCAAGAACAUUCAUGAAGGAACUCCAGUCUGACUUGGAUAAGAAAAAGUAUAAAUAUGAUGCCUAUAUAUGCUAUAGCAGCAAGGACUUUGAGUGGGUUCAGAAUUCUUUGAUAAAACACCUUGAUUCCCAAUAUUCUGACAAAAACAGAUUUGCUCUUUGCUUUGAAGACAGAGAUUUCCUUCCAGGAGAGGAUCACAUCAGCAACAUUCGUGAUGCCAUCUGGAACUGUCGGAAAACAAUUUGUGUUGUGACAAAGCAGUUUCUCAAGGAUGGCUGGUGUGUAGAAGCAUUUAAUUUUGCUCAAAGUAGGUAUUUUUGUGACCUGAAGGAUGUCCUCAUUAUGGUGGUAGCUGGAUCACUUUCACAGUAUCAGCUUAUGAAAUAUCAGCCAGUCAGAGCCUUUCUUCAAAGGGAUCGCUACUUAAGGUGGCCUGAAGAGGACCAAGAUGUGGAGUGGUUUCUAAAUGCACUUUCUCAUCAGAUACUAAAGGAAAAGAGAACCCAGAAAAAAGCUCAGAAAAAGAAAGUUCCGAAAAAAACAGGGACUUUGGAAUUGAAAGUAGUCACAAUCUCUUAGCUGGCUGGCUCCCAUUUCAGUUCAAGAAGAUAGUUCUCCAAAGAAAGUGUUAUUCAGUUCUUAAAAUACACUGAGCCCUGUUCUUGCUAUAUUAGCAUGGUAAUUGAUGUAGAAAUACCCCAGUGGUCUUGAUGUCAUUUGUCUUUACUGUCAAAUGUAAGAAUAUGACUCUAGAUCUUGCAUGAAUGGAAGUGACUUUUCAAAUAUCACAGUGCUGAUCUGGAGGGCUCUAGAAUAUUGAUGUUUGGUGACCCAAAAAGGCUUUCACAUUUUUUAUAGUCACAGCUGUGUAAUCUCUUGUUGGUUUAGGAUAGGAGCAGGUAAUGUAUGACCCUCUAGAUCAGUGGUUCUCAACCUGUGGGUCCCCAGAUGUUUUGGCCUUCAACUCUCUGAAAUCCUAACAGCUGGUAAACUGGCUGGGAUUUCUGGGAGGCGUGGGCCAAAACAACUGGGGACCCACAGGUUGAGAACCACUGCUCUAGAUGUUGAACUAGAGCUCCCAUCAACCCUUGAGAGCAGAGCCAGUGGUAAGAAAUGAUGAGAAUUAAAGUUCAGAAAUCUCUGGAGGAUUAAGAGUUGCCCAAACUUUGGUUAAACAAUUUUAAUGAUUGAGGUACUUAAUCAAAAAGAAAAUCCCAUUACUUUUUCUCUAGACUUGUAAACUUACUGACAUGCUGUAGCCCUGAGCUGAAACAUGGGAUAGAUCAGUGCUUCUCAACCUGUGGGUCCCUGAUGUGUAUGUUGAUGGAUUUUGUUGUUGUUUCGCUGAUAUCUACAAUAAAAACAUAUUUUUUUUAAAAAAAA